AUGUUCGGUCUGUUAUCGAAGUUUCAAGAACGAAUCAAGAAUAAAGUGCGGAAGAGAUGGCGAUGGCUGUUUCACGCCACGGAUUUUUAUUCUUUGAUGUUUCCUUGCUUCAUAUUCAGUCGCAUGUUAGGAAUAUUUCCGUACAAAUUCAACGGCUCGUCCUUUGAGACUUCCAAAUCACGCUAUAUUUUGUCGUCCGUCGUUAUCGGCGUUUUCGGCAUUUUUCUGUUCAUAAUGUUCUACAACAUGGACAUUAGUGGGGACAUCCAGUUGGACGGCGUGCCCGACGCUCUUCAGGGUAACUGCUACUACACGCUCGGUGGUUUUAUUACGAUCGUCACGUAUAUUCUAUGCGGGUCGCGAAUGCGCGUGCUGCAGUCCGUGAUGGAGGUUUCCUUAACGUUGCCACCGAAAUCAUAUCGGGAACUCUCCAAAAUCAUUCACGCUAAAGACAUUGUCGGCUUUGUCUUCUUAUUCGGGCAAAUAGCGAACUGUCGAGCCAUCACUAUCAUCCACGCCAUGUCCAAACUGCUUGGACUAUAUGUCACGCUGCUGGUAUUUCAGAUGGACAUGCUGUACAUGAAUUGCGUUUGCGUACUAAAGGCCUGUUUCCAGGCAAUUAACGACAAUUUGACGACUCUGCGGGAGCUGGUGAUAAACGAUGAGCCGCGUCUCCUCAUGCGAAUCUACGACGAGAGAAACUCGGUUCUUUUGAUGAAACUGAAAACCCUGCAGAAAUGGCAUUUGAAGAUCAGCGACACAGUGCAAAUGCUAAAUGUGAUUUUCAGUCUCCAGCUUCUUGCUACUGUAGUUAUGACCUUUGUCGAGAUCACUUUCAGCUUGUAUUUUUACAUAGUGCGAUUAGUGGAAAAAGUCUCUGUCAUCAAUCUCGACAAACAAAUCUGGUACUCGUAUAUAGCUACGUCUGUAACAUAUUAUUUUAUAAAACUGGCGUUAAUAGUGUGGUCCUGCGAAACCAGCAAAAAUCAAGCUCUAAGGAUCGGCACUAGUGUGCACGACGUGCUCCAAAACACCAAAGACAAGCAAAUCAAACACGAGUUAGAGUCGUUUUCGCUGCAAAUACUGCAUCGCGAUAAUACAUUUUCCGCAAAGGGUUUUACUGUGGACGCAAAACUUCUUACUUCGAUAGUGGGCAGUAUCUGUACGUAUCUGUUAAUCUUAAUACAGUUCAUGAAUGCGAAGCAUUUUUGCGAUGAUCCAUCGUCAUCCAAUGUUACACAAAUAUUCCAAGUUGAAAAUAAUAACUAA